GGGACGUCACCCUCCCAUCCCGGCCAGGGCCCCUUACAAGAUGGCGGGAGGGCGAGUCGGAAGUGACGGCGUGAGGAAGUUCCGUCCCGUUUGAAAGCGCCCGGCGGAGCUGCUGGUGGCCUUUUCCCGCCGCCCGGGCCGACGUGCCUGCCUUCGCCAUGGAGCCGCAGCCCGCAGGAGCGGAGCCAAUGACUCUUGGCUCCCCGACAUCUCCAAAACCAGGAGCUAGUGCUCAGUUUCUUCCUGGAUUCUUGAUGGGCGAUUUACCUGCGCCAGUGACUCCGCAACCACGUGCUUUAAGCGGCCCUUCAGUUGGUGUAAUGGAAAUGAGGUCUCCACUACUUGCAGGAUCUCCCCCACAACCAGUAGUCCCUACCCAUAAAGAUAAAAGCGGUGCCCCACCAGUUAGGAGCAUAUAUGAUGAAUUAUCUAGUCCAGGACUUGGAUCAACACCUCUAACCUCAAGACGACCAGCCAGCUUUUCUCUAACACAGAGCCCAUUGGUUGGAACUAUGCCAUCAACUCCUGGAACAGCUUCGAGUAUGUUCAGUCCUGCAAGUAUUGGGCAGCCUAGGAAGACUACUCUAUCUCCUGCUCAGCUAGAUCCUUUUUAUACUCAGGGUGAUUCCCUGACUUCAGAAGAUCAACUUGAUGACACAUGGGUAACUGUAUUUGGAUUUCCUCAAGCAUCAGCUUCAUAUAUUCUUCUACAGUUUGCUCAGUAUGGAAACAUAUUAAAACAUGUGAUGUCCAACACAGGAAACUGGAUGCAUAUUCGAUACCAGUCUAAGCUUCAGGCCCGGAAAGCCUUAAGCAAAGAUGGAAGAAUUUUUGGUGAAUCUAUCAUGAUUGGUGUCAAGCCAUGUAUAGAUAAAAGUGUGAUGGAAAACUUUGAAAGGAGCUCUACAUCCUCAAUUUCUUCAGUUUUCACUCCACCUACAAAAGCUGUCAGCACACCAGUACAACCUGCAAAUAAUACUACAAGGAUUUCUACAAUGAGACCUCUUGCAACAGCAUAUAAAGCUUCCACUAGUGACUAUCAGGUGGUUUCUGACAGACAAACUCCCAGGAAAGACGAAAGUAUUGUAUCUAAAGCAAUGGAAUAUGUGUUCGGCUGGUAAUACACAAGAAGAAGUAACACACUAAGUUGGUCAGGGUUUGAAAUAUGCUACUGGCAUCCGUGGUUAGUUGUAUAACUACUGGUGGCAGUAUUUUAACUUACAUCUCACCUGUUAUGCCUUCAGUUAAUUCAGCAGACAUGUAGCUUGCACUUUAAAUGAUGGCAAUGUACACACGGUUUUAAAAACUGAGUAAGUGUAAAUAUAAGUGCUUUUUUUCCCAUUUGUGCUCUGAUUGCAUGAUUGUAGAAAAAAUAUCAGCACUGACUUUUCUUCUGUAAUUACUUUCUGUGAAUUACUUCCCAGUAAGUUGGAAAUGUUUAAAAUGGCAGCUUUAUUUACUGAUGCCUUUAGUUUUAUUGUUGGGGUUUUUUUUCUGGAAAGAUGAUGGGCUACU